AUGACCGACAGAACGACUUUUGACACUUUAAUCAAUGAGAAUUCUGAAGAUUCAUUUAAACAGAGACUUGUUCCCUCCUAUGUCGAGGAAAACUUCGGAAUAGACGGUAGGGGCGGCGAACAGCACAUAUCGGCCAAAGAGUUUGAUGUGCCACCAGACGAGAUGAGAAGAAAGUUGAAUCUGUUGGUAUUGAACCACUUUAUAAACGAGGGCCAUGUUAAUGCGGCCCAUAAUUUUGCAAAGGAGCUUGGAAUUUCUUAUGUGGUGAAACAAAUUGAAGAAGAAGACAAGGAAGAGGGCUCAAUAUCUGACGAACUUGAUAAUGGUGAAUCUGUCGAUAAUUCAUCAUUAGAGAAUUUCCAGGUGAGCUCAUAUUUUGAACCGGACUCGAUUCAAAAGGAUAUAGAUCAGGGCUACAAGGAUGUUUACUGGGAAGACAACCAGAACGUGUACAAGAUGAAUCUAGAUCAAAUUGGGAGGUUGACAGAAGGUUUGUCCACCAUAAAAGUGAGAAACAAUAUAAAGAGGCGUAUUAUUGAAGGUCGUAUUAAUGAGGCAAUCAAUAUUAUCAACGAGAAGUUCCCGUUAUUGCUUGAAAAUAAUCAGUAUAUAUGUUUCAAGUUGCUUCAUUUGGAGUUGAUAGAGAAGAUUCGAACACAGUUUGCAUCUAUUCAGUCUGGAGAUGAAGAAUCAGACAAACGAUUUCUUGAAGAGGUGCUAAAUUUUAUUAGUAGCAAUCUUUCCAGUCCAAACAUCUUACAGAAUAACAGAAUGCUAAAGGAGCUUGAACUAACCAUGGCACUACUAUGCUUUAGAGAUCAGUUUAAGGAAGAUGCAGAAGCAGAUAAGACCCAUAAAAAAGGUGUCAAGAAAGUGCCGGCGAAACUACGUCGUUUAAUGGACAUCCGACUACGAUUUGAUGUGGCAAGUAUGGUGAGUAGAACAAUCAUCACGGAAGAGAGUUCUAUAGAUAUGAGUGGGAAAAGCGAAGAAAAUAGCUGUGAGCCCUACAAAAUGAAGGUAUCAGACUUGUCCAAGAAACGAGACUCCCGAAUGAACUCAACGGGGGACUCGAUGAGAGACUCAAUGAGGGGCACAAUGACAGAUCCUGAGAGCAAUUCUAGGUUGGGUCUGGACAGGGGAAGUAUGCAACAAGGACUAAAUGCUCAGGGAAGUCCGGCCGAUGUCCAAAAUGAGAAGCUGGACAGCUCAAAGAAAUUACAGCAAGAGCUCAAGAGUAUGGAAAAAAUUCUCGAGAAACCAGGAUACACAAGGCUAACGAGGCUGAUUAAAUUGGCUAUUUGGUCAUAUCAGAAUGGAGAACCGGGCAGAUCAGAGGAACUUGAGCGAAUUUGGGAGGACAAUCAAUAA